AAUUAAAAAAAAAAUAUAAUCGUUGUUUUUGUUUCUUCAUAGACGUUCCCUACCGACAAGUAUUUACUUAGCCCUUGCCUCGAUCUUCUAAACCAUCCACAACUUUUGAAUCACCAUCAUCAUCUAUCUCUCUCUACCAGAGUUCAAAAACACAAAAAACUUUCUCUUUAAUUACAGAUUGAAAAGCAUCUAGAAACUUUUGAAUAUACUCACGGAAAGUUUUUUCAUUCUUCGACUCUGUUUUUCUUGUUGUUAAGAGUUUUGAUAAAAUGGCGUCACCGAGACACUUGAAAGAUCUUCUUGAAGAAGAUCAAGAACCGUUUCAACUUCAGAGUUACAUUUCCGACCGACGUCGCCAAAUAACGCAUUUACAGGUCAAGAAACGCGGACCAGUCUCUCAUAACGCUGGACUUCCUUCACGUUUCUGCCGCAACGCUUGUUUUUUCUCCCUACGUGAAUCGCCUGACCCGAAGAAGUCUCCACUCUUCGAACCCAAGUCGCCGAACCGGAGCCAAAACGCUAUUUUUGUCAACAUACCGGCGAGAACCGCUUCUAUGCUACUAGAAGCUGCGGUUAGGAUACAGAAACAAUCGUCCGAGGGGUCAAAAACGAAGACGCGGAACGUAGGAAACGCGUUUGGUAUAUUUGGGUCAGUGUUAAAGAAGCUAACGCACCGGAAGAAACGCGAAAUCAGCGGCGGUGGAGUUUCUUCGGUUAAGGAUAUGUUGAGAUGGGAAUCUCCAGUUGUUCGUAAAAUAGUUACUAAACGCAAAGGAGAAGAACAAAACUCCUCCCAAACGCAGAAAACCGCGUCUGAGAAGCAGUUCUCACGUAGGUCUAGUAGUAGUGGUGUUUGGUCAGAGAGUGUUACAAACGGAGAGAGAUCUUGGGAGUGCGAUUUCGAACCGUCGAUUAGCUCAAGCAGCGGAUCGGACGGUUUAGAUGAGUUAGCGUGUGGGUUGAUGAACGGUUCAGAUUUGUCGGAGGAUAAACGCUUUUGUGAAAGCCCGUUUCAUUUUGUUCUCCAAACAACAAUGUCUUCUCCCGGCGGUUUCAGAACGCCGAAUUUCACGUCGCCUGCGGCUUCUCCACGCCACGAUUAUCCAGAGAUGAAGAAAGAUAGUUAUGAAGUAGAGAAGCUAAAGAAACUAGAAGUAGAGGAGGAAGAAGAAGAAGAAGAUAAGGAACAGAGCAGCCCAGUUUCAGUUUUGGACCCUCCAUUUGAGGACGAUGACGAAGACAUUCACAUGGAUGACAAUAACAUCACUUCCAGCUUCAGAUCUGUACAAAAAGCAAAGCAUCUGCUUCUACAGAAGCUUUGUAGAUUUGAGCAACUCGCGAGUUUGGAUCCCUUGGAACUCGAGGAAACAAUGUCUGACCAAGUGACCGAGGAGGAUAGCGAAGAAGAAGAGAUGAUAAAUCGUUAUCAGCGUGAGAUAAUAACUCAGAGAGUUCUCAAAACGUAUUUUGAAGACAUGACAAAAGUUCCUGAAGGCAUAGAAGCGUUGAUCUCAGACCUUGUAUCAGAGGAAUUACAAUACAACAGCUUGUUGCAAGACGGUGAACCCCAAGUAGCCAAGAGCGUAUGCGAGAGACUGAGAUCUUGGAGAGAUGUGGAGUCAAACACUAUUGAUAUGAUGGUAGAACAUGAUUUCAGAACAGAGAGGUUGGGAUCAUGGAGAUCAAAGAACGAGGCAGAAGUCGCAGAGGCGGUUGUGGAGAUCGAAUUUGAGAUUUUUGAGGAUUUGGUUGAAGAACUAUCACAAGACAUUGGUGGAAAUCGAUGAUCAGUUUUUUUACAUUCAGGUAGCUUCUGUGUCACAAGUAAUGACAACUAACCUGCAUAUUUUAUAAUAGAUGGUGGGUUUAUGAUGUAUGUAAAAGUUUUGCUUGAUGAGAGUUUUAAGAUUUGUGUAAUUCCAUGUGAGAACUGAGAAAUUUAAUAUAUAAUUGAUUAAUUA